GGAGUGAACGGCCAUUGAACAAAAAGAAGAAGAAGAAGGUCUGUUUAUGAUAAUGGCGGCAGUCGCGUCGACGAAUCCCUCGCAGCUUUUACCUCUCGAGCUGGUGGAUAAAUGCAUUGGCUCACGGAUUCACAUUGUCAUGAAGAACGAUAAAGAGAUUGUGGGAACUCUGCUCGGGUUUGAUGACUUUGUCAACAUGGUUCUUGAGGAUGUGACAGAGUUUGAAAUCACUCCAGAAGGAAGAAGAAUCACAAAGCUGGAUCAGAUUCUACUCAAUGGCAAUAACAUCACAAUGUUGAUUCCAGGAGGAGAAGGACCAGAAGUUUGAGAAAUGUGUCGCACCUUCCACAAAAUAAAUAUACAAUUUAUGUUCUUGUUUCAUAAAAAAAAAAAAAAAACUUAGAAUUGAUCACUUCUUGUUUUCAAAAAUUCAUUUCCAUUUCAUGAGGGGAGUUUUCCACAUUAGUUCUAUUGUUUAAGUGAUCCAAAAAGUUUUUGUAAACAUUUGUUGUUUGUUACAAUAAAACAAAUCAAAUAAAUUGGACUGAGUUGGAAUUCAGUUG